UUUCAUUUUUUUUCCUUAUAAUACCAACUACCACUCAGUCAAGUCACACACAUAAUGUUAAUAACAUUAAAUAUUCUUAACAAAAUAUUAAAUGGGUUAAGAUUCACAUUUGAGAAAAGAUUACAUGUUUCUUAUCCCACCAUAUCUUAUAUACGCUUAAGCUUUUUUUUUAUAUAUGCGAACCACCACAUAAAAAAUCUCAAGCCCAGUACCUAGAAACUUCAAACAAAAGAUAUCAUGGAGAACAUCACCGGCAACCACCAGCAGCCACAAAAAGAUAACGAGCAACUAAAGAGUUUCUGGUCAAAGGAGAUGGAAGGUGACUUGAAUUUCAAGAAUCACGAGUUUCCCAUAACUCGUAUCAAGAGGAUUAUGAAGUUUGAUCCUGAUGUGACUAUGGUUGCUGGUGAGGCACCAAUCCUAUUCUCGAAAGCCUGCGAGAUGUUCAUCAUGGAUGUCACGAUGCGUUCGUGGCUCCAUGCUCAGGAGAGCAACCGACUCACGAUAAAGAGAUCUGAUGUCGCUGCCGCAGUGGAUCGAACCCUCAUCUUUGAUUUCUUGCUUGAUGUUGUCGAUGAGGACGAGGGAGAGUCCGUUGUCGCCGCUGCUGAUCUCGUGGCCGUGCCACAUCUUGACAAUGGAGAACUGCCGCCGGGAAUGGUUAUAGGUACUCCGGUUUGUAGCGGUCUUGGAAUAUACGCGCCACAACCGCAGAUGCAGGCGUGGCCUGGAGCUUGGACCGCGGCGCCUGGUGAGGAGGAGGAUGCGGCUGGGGGAAAUGGAGAAGACGGCGGAAAUUAAUAUUUGGAUUGGGUGUUAGGGUUUUUAACCGCUGUUGUGAGAAUUUGAGUUAUGUUUUUUAUUUUAUUUUAUGUUAUGUUUUUUUUG